ACAUUUUAAAAUAUGAGCUUUGAAGUAUUGCAUAUCUCAUUCUGGUAACUCUUCUACAGAUGCAUGUGGUUACAGUUGUCAUUAUUUACUACGAUUUUAAAAAUUUUAUGUUAAACAUUUACCUAUCAUCAGAACCUCUCAAUUUUUUUCCUCUUGACUCAAUUUUUUAGAUGUCUAUUAGCCUUUUCAUCUCAGCUGUUACGAAUCUCUGAAUCUCAGCCUUCUGGACAAUACAAGUUUCUUCCUGGACUGAACUGACCUGGAUGCUCAACAUGCACAACAGCACGGCUGAAACUCCAUGCAUGAUGGGACCCUGUAAUGGGACAGUGUCCCCACAGCCAUUGACCCCUCAGUUUCCCCUGGGUGUAGUGGUAUUCCUGGCUCUGCUCAUGGUGCUGCUGGUUCUGGUCACGAUCCUCGGAAAUGUCCUGGUGAUCCUGGCUUUCAUCUUGGACAAAAAUCUCAGGCACCGGAAUAACUAUUUCUUUCUCAACCUUGCCAUUUCUGACUUUGCAGUGGGUGUCUUCUGCAUGCCACUGUACAUCCCUUAUGCCCUGACAGGGACCUGGCACCUGGGGAAAGGGCUAUGCAAGCUCUGGCUGCUUUUGGACUAUCUCAUGUGUUCAGCUUCAGUGUUUAACAUUGUCCUUAUCAGCUAUGACCGUUUCCUGUCAGUUACGAAAGCGGUAUCUUACAGAACCCAGCAGGGAAUGAUGUCCAACCCUGUUGUCAAGAUGGUGGCCAUCUGGGUCUUUGCCUUCCUGCUCUAUUCUCCAGCAGUUCUCCUUUGGGAGUACAUGGCUGGCUACAGCAUGGUAGAGGAGGGACAGUGCUAUGCCGAGUUCUUCAACAACUGGUACUUCCUCCUCUGUGCAUCCACCCUGGAGUUCUUUGUGCCACUGAUCUCAGUCACCUACUUCAACUUGAGCAUCUUCUACAACAUCCAGAGACGGCAGCGGCGCGGCAGCAUUCAAUACUGUGAGUCUCCAGGGAGCAGAAGCAUGACCUGGAGGUUUUGUUUUUUGCUGAGGCGAGGAUCCUCUUUGUCAGAAACAGAGGACAGUGCUUCUUCAGUAAUGAGGUCAUUGAGACCAUCACUGGCGUCUAACUCUACAUCUCCAACGAGUCCUGUGGCUGACAAAAGGGACUUCUCUGCAUCUUUCCGUGCAAAUUCUCAGUCAAGACUGCAAAGAGACAAGAAGGUUGCGAAGUCACUUGCCAUAAUUGUGUGUGUCUUUGUCAUUUGCUGGGCCCCAUAUACUUUACUGAUGAUUAUUCGUGGAGCCUGCCAAGGAAAAUGUGUCCAUCCAAUCCUGUAUGAAAUUACCUUUUGGCUUUUGUGGAUUAAUUCCUCUCUGAACCCAUUUCUUUACCCACUCUGUCAUGUGAGAUUUCAAAUGGCUUUUAUGAAAAUAUUAUGUCCCCAAAAGUUGACAAUGUUGAGAUCAAAUGAUACACCUUCUGUUUAGAGCAUUAAAGUAAAAGAGUCAGAAAUAACGUUUGUCUCUUACUGCCUUUUUUCACAUUUCUUCAGUAGAAAUAGAGAAGAACAUUUGGUUGCUAAUGGCAUUAGCUAAGAAUAGGCAGAGGCAUGUACUUGCUCUUAUUUUGCUGGUCUUUCAGAAUUUUUUUUUUUUUUUGCUUAUGCUGGUUCAUUCAAGAUUAAACACCAUCUACUGAAAUGAAAUUAAUAACAAAGUUUUACUGGAUGCUCUUCCUGACUUAUGGGCUUCAGGCACUUCUUUUUGGUAUUAAUGGAAGGACUCUUCUGUAGAUAUCUCUGUAUAUGUUCAUUGGAGGGGACAUGCCUCUUUUUGCAUGUGCUGAGUUAAAAUUUUAUGUACAAUUUGUAGACCUCAAGCUAUCAGAGGAGAAAGACCUGCUACAAUUUUGAAGUGUUGUGUAAAACCCACACAGGAGCAGUAACAUUUCCUUUUAAAAAGUGUUAUGAAGGCAACGUAGUGCUUUGUAGUCAUUAUGAUUACAAUGAUGGGCAUUAUCUGAAUCUGGAGCACAGGCGUUAUGAAGAGAGGCUGAAGGAGUUGGGAUUGUUCAGUCUAGAGAAGAGGAGGCUCAGGGGAGACCUUAUUACUCUCUAUAACUACCUGAAGGGAGGUUGUAGUGAGCUGGGGGUCGGCCUCUUCU